GUCUUUCCUCAUAAAGCUUCAAGUUCUGACCCAGUUCAAGGUUGCAUAUCUAAAGGCAGGGUCCUUAAUUGGGCUGCCAUCAAUAACCUGCAGCCAUGAGUUCCGACGCUGAGAUGGCCAUUUUUGGGGAGGCUGCUCCUUACCUCCGAAAGUCUGAAAAGGAGCGCAUUGAAGCCCAGAACAAACCUUUCGAUGCCAAGACAUCAGUCUUUGUGGCGGACCCUAAGGAGUCCUUUGUAAAAGCAAUAGUGCAGAGCAGGGAAGGGGGGAAGGUGACAGCAAAGACCGAAGCUGGAGCUACUGUAACAGUGAAAGAUGACCAAGUCUUUCCCAUGAACCCUCCCAAAUAUGACAAGAUCGAGGACAUGGCCAUGAUGACCCACCUGCACGAGCCUGCUGUGCUGUACAACCUCAAAGAGCGUUAUGCAGCCUGGAUGAUCUACACCUACUCAGGCCUAUUCUGUGUCACUGUCAACCCCUACAAGUGGUUGCCAGUGUAUAAUGCAGAGGUGGUAACAGCCUACCGAGGCAAAAAGCGCCAGGAGGCCCCGCCCCACAUCUUCUCCAUCUCUGACAAUGCCUAUCAGUUCAUGCUGACUGAUCGGGAAAAUCAGUCUAUCUUAAUCACUGGAGAAUCUGGUGCAGGGAAGACUGUGAACACCAAGCGUGUCAUCCAGUACUUUGCAACAAUUGCAGUUACUGGGGAGAAGAAGAAGGAGGAGGCAACCUCUGGAAAAAUGCAGGGGACUCUGGAAGAUCAAAUCAUCAGUGCCAACCCCCUACUGGAGGCCUUUGGCAAUGCCAAGACCGUGAGGAAUGACAACUCCUCUCGCUUUGGUAAAUUCAUCAGGAUCCACUUUGGCACUACAGGGAAACUGGCUUCUGCUGAUAUUGAAACAUAUCUUCUAGAAAAGUCCAGAGUUACUUUUCAGCUAAAGGCAGAAAGAAGCUACCAUAUUUUUUAUCAAAUCAUGUCUAAUAAGAAGCCAGAUCUAAUUGAAAUGCUCCUGAUCACUACCAACCCAUAUGACUAUGCCUUCGUCAGUCAGGGGGAGAUCACAGUGCCCAGCAUAGAUGAUCAAGAAGAGCUGAUGGCCACAGAUAGUGCCAUUGACAUUCUGGGUUUCACUUCUGAGGAAAGAGUAUCCAUCUAUAAGCUCACAGGGGGUGUCAUGCAUUAUGGGAACAUGAAAUUCAAGCAAAAGCAGCGUGAGGAACAAGCUGAGCCAGAUGGCACUGAAGUUGCUGACAAGGCAGCCUAUCUCCAGAGUCUGAACUCUGCUGACCUGCUCAAAGCCCUCUGCUACCCCAGGGUCAAGGUCGGCAAUGAAUAUGUCACCAAAGGCCAGACUGUGCAACAGGUGUACAAUGCAGUGGGUGCUCUCGCUAAAGCUGUCUAUGAGAAGAUGUUCUUAUGGAUGGUCACCCGCAUCAACCAGCAGUUGGACACCAAGCAGCCCAGGCAGUACUUCAUUGGGGUCUUGGACAUCGCUGGCUUUGAAAUCUUUGAUUUCAACAGCCUGGAGCAGCUGUGCAUCAACUUCACCAACGAGAAACUGCAACAGUUCUUCAACCACCACAUGUUCGUGCUGGAGCAAGAGGAGUACAAGAAGGAAGGCAUUGAGUGGGAGUUCAUUGACUUUGGGAUGGACCUGGCUGCCUGCAUUGAGCUCAUCGAGAAGCCCAUGGGCAUCUUCUCCAUCCUAGAAGAGGAGUGCAUGUUCCCCAAGGCAACAGACACCUCCUUUAAGAACAAGCUGUAUGAACAGCACCUGGGCAAGUCUGCCAACUUCCAGAAGCCCAAGGUAGUCAAAGGCAAGGCUGAGGCCCACUUCUCACUGGUGCACUAUGCAGGCACUGUGGACUACAACAUUGCUGGCUGGCUGGACAAGAACAAGGACCCCCUGAAUGAGACCGUGGUUGGGUUGUAUCAGAAGUCUUCAAUGAAAACUCUAGCUUAUCUCUUUUCUGGAGCUGCAGCUGCUGCUGAAGCAGAGUCUGGUGGAAAGAAAGCUGGCAAGAAGAAGGGUUCUUCUUUCCAGACCGUGUCUGCUCUCUUCAGGGAGAAUUUAAAUAAGCUGAUGACCAAUCUGAGGAGUACUCACCCCCACUUUGUAAGGUGCAUCAUCCCCAAUGAAACCAAAACUCCUGGUGCCAUGGAGCAUGAACUUGUCUUGCACCAGCUGAGGUGUAAUGGUGUGCUGGAAGGCAUCCGCAUCUGUAGGAAAGGAUUCCCAAGCAGAAUCGUCUAUGCAGACUUCAAACAGAGAUACAAGGUAUUGAAUGCAAGUGCUAUCCCUGAAGGACAAUUCAUUGAUAGCAAGAAGGCUUCUGAGAAGCUCCUUGGGUCCAUUGACAUUGACCACACCCAGUAUAAAUUUGGUCACACUAAGGUCUUUUUCAAAGCUGGUCUUCUGGGGCUCCUAGAGGAGAUGCGAGAUGACAAGCUGGCCCAACUGAUUACCCGCACCCAGGCCAUGUGCAGAGGGUUCUUGGCAAGAGUGGAAUACCAGAAGAUGGUGGAGAGACGAGAGUCUAUCUUCUGUAUCCAGUACAAUGUCCGUGCUUUCAUGAAUGUCAAGCACUGGCCCUGGAUGAAGCUAUAUUUCAAGAUCAAGCCCCUUCUCAAGAGUGCAGAGACAGAGAAGGAGAUGGCCAACAUGAAAGAAGAAUUUGAAAAAACUAAAGAAAGCCUUGCAAAGGCUGAGGCCAAAAGAAAAGAACUAGAAGAAAAAAUGGUUGCUCUGAUGCAAGAGAAAAAUGACCUGCAACUCCAGGUUCAAUCUGAAGCAGAUAGCUUGGCUGAUGCAGAGGAAAGAUGUGACCAGCUGAUCAAAACCAAAAUCCAGCUUGAGGCCAAGAUCAAAGAGGUGACCGAGAGAGCUGAGGAUGAGGAAGAGAUCAACGCUGAGCUGACUGCCAAGAAGAGGAAACUGGAAGAUGAAUGCUCAGAACUGAAGAAAGACAUUGAUGACCUUGAGUUGACACUGGCCAAGGUUGAAAAGGAGAAGCAUGCCACAGAGAAC